CGGCAGGUAACUUUCGAGUAUUGAUAAUUUUGAAUCUUAAGAAAAUGUUCGGCUUUGUUCUCGCUUUAGUAAUCAUAGGCACAAUCCGUGCGUUUCCAACUUAUCAGGACUUCAUACCAAAUGGACAUAAUGUGCCAAACCCAUGUGGUGGAGGAAUAUGGUUGGCGGUAGGACACUAUAAUCCAACUCAGCAUACAAUUGACAAAAAUCCUUUCGGACUGGAUUUUAGGGCAGCAGGUCAUACUUGGACGGUAGCGUUAUGUAAUAAAGAUAGUGAUGGUGAUGGUAAAACAAACGGUGAAGAAUUAGGCGACCCAAAGUGUGUUUGGACUAAAGGUGCCACGCCUGCUGGUUCAGCAACAGGCCAUCCUGGUAUAUGCAACCCCGUGGGAUCAUGUUCCGGUCAGCAAUUUAGAUGUGGAUGUGUGGAUCAUGACUGUGUUAUUGGAUAAUGUUUCAACUUUAAGCUAAAUGUUCACAUGUAUAAUUUAUUUUUUAAUUCAAUUUUUAUUAUGAAUAAAACAUUAUUCCGUCGGA